GCUAACUAAAGGUUGUCAAACAAGAGGAUUCUCCCUUCAAAAGAAAGGCACCCCAAGACCUCAUCUACACUCUUCCCCAGCCUUUAUUCCCAACCCUUGCUUGCUAGCCUCUUUUGCUAACCACUUAAACUUCCCCCUCUACCAUUCCUCGCACUCUCUCUCUCUCUCUCAAAUUUCCAAACACCCUCUCCUAUGGACAUCAAAAUCCUCAUGAUCUCCUUCAUUCUAACUUCACUCAUCUUCUCCCUCCUCUACAUACCAACCCACCUAGCCAAACCCCUCACCAUCUUCCGGCAGUCGAAAGCCUUGGUCCUCCCAAAAUCCCGGGAGCCGUACCCAGCGACGUUCGCUUACCUGAUCUCGGCAUCCAAGGGCGACGUCCCGAGGCUGACACGAGCGCUCCGGGCACUCUACCAUCCUGGAAACUACUACUUGAUUCACAUCGACCAUGGCGCCCCUGAGAGUGAGCACAAGGAGAUAGCCAAGUUUGUGUCUGGCGAGCCAGUUUUUGGGCAAGUGGGUAACGUUUGGAUAGUGGGGAAAUCCAAUUUGGUGACCUACAGAGGUCCAACCAUGCUGGCCACCACUCUCCAUGCAAUUUCUGUGCUUCUGAGGAUUGCCAAAUGGGAUUGGUUUAUUAAUCUCAGUGCCUCUGAUUAUCCCUUAGUAACUCAAGAUGAUUUGAUUCAUGCCUUCUCUGCCUUGCCGAAACACCUCAAUUUCAUACAGCACAGCAGCCACUUGGGUUGGAAACUGAACAAGAGAGGAAAGCCAAUAAUAAUAGACCCAGCACUCCACAGUCGCAAUAAAUCAGAGAUAUGGUGGGUUAUAAAACAGAGGACUCUACCUACUGCAUUCAAGCUCUAUACAGGAUCAGCUUGGACAAUACUAUCAAGAUCCUUCGCAGAGUACAGCAUAGUGGGUUGGGACAAUCUCCCAAGAACACUUCUCCUCUACUACACAAACUUCGUCUCCUCGCCCGAAGGAUACUUCCAGACUCUCGUAUGCAACUCCGAGGAUUACAGAAACACCACGGUCAAUCACGACCUCCACUACAUCACCUGGGAUACGCCCCCGAAGCAGCAUCCCAGGUCCCUCGGCCUCAAAGAUUACCGAAGAAUGGUGCUGAGCAACCGCCCUUUUGCCAGAAAGUUCAAGCAGAACGACCCGGUUCUUAACAAGAUUGAUAGGGAGAUUUUGAAAAGGCGUCAUGGGGGGUUCGCAUAUGGGGGCUGGUGUUUGGAGGAUGGGAAUAAGGGGAACGAUUCAUGCUCCUCACAUUUGAAGAGUGAGAAGUUUGGGGUUUUGAGGCCUGGAACUGGUGGUAGAAGGUUGAGGAGUUUGAUGACAAAGUUGGUAUCUGCCCAGAACUUCGGUAAGCGUCAAUGCAAAUGAUUUCUCAACUAGCUCUUGAUAAAGUCUUUUAAUUAGUAGAAUCUUAUUUUUUAUAAUAUGAAUAAGAACAAAUAAAAUCUAUGUACAAUUUUUGCUACCGGAUGUGUCGUGGCCGUGUAAGUAGUUGGUAGUCAUUAGUUGUACUUAAUACAAAAGCUGGUAUGUUUGUGCUAAAAAAUUACCAAGAAAGGGAAAAGGACGAAGGUUGGAGAA